ACUAUGUACAAUUCAAUUUUCUUUUUUACGUAAUUUUUUUUUGUGUGUCAUUUUAAUGUUUUACAAACAUGGAGGAAAGUCCCGCCAUGUGCUCGUCGCAGACUACGGCGCACUUUUUUGUGCAAGAUUAAUAUAUGGCAGGUGAUACUUGGUGAUACUUGGUUCUUUUAUUCACCCCCUGCUCUCCUUGUGACUUGGGGGUCAGUCAGAUGGUUCCCCCCCUCCUCGGGCACAGCGCCAUCUUGUGAGGGUAAUGAGCUACAGGUGGCUUAGCGAGCAGCAGGCGGAGGGGGGAUGGGGGAGGUAUUCGCUGACAUCACAUGGAGGAGAACUUCCAGGGAACUUGUGUGUGUGGGCCAGAAGAGGGAGGAGACGUGUGGAAGGAUAAAGGAGGGAGGUGCAGCUGCAGCCUCACAACAAGGGAACAGACACUUGUGGAGCCUGCAGCUGGGAUGGAGGUCAUCACAGCAGAACAUCUGGCUGGAAUUCUGAGCCUCUCGCAAGAGCAAGAUGGGAAGGAGGCCAAGCGGCAGGCGCUACUACUGGUCUCCAUGGCAAAGACUCAGGCUGGCAGACUGGUGGAGGACUAUCUCAGUCACCAGGGGCCUCCAUUCUCAGACAAUGGAGCUGCCCUUCCACAAGUGAAGAUAGACGGUAUACCGACCCUGGCUAACAACGACCUCCCAUCAUCUCCUUGGAAGCGUCUGGAUGAUGGCCUUCAGGCCUUCUCGUCUCUGAGUGAAUGGUUGGCUCUAGUCCAUCUCUGGCAGAAUGAUCUCAACCAUAAAGCUUGGGAGCUUCUUCGCCUACUGGAAAUCGCUGAGAAUAAUUCCAGAGCCAUCAGCUCCAACCUGGCCACACUCCUGGGUAGGGGAGAUAUCUCUGCUCCUUCUAUUACAAGUCCUUCCACCACCAUGAAGAAGAAGGUGGCUGGGUACCUGGUGUGUAAGAGUUAUUAUGAGUGGCUCAGCCUAACCGAAAGGGACCUGCUGAUCCUUGUCGUAGAGAGCUCCGUGUAGUACUCCUCAGAGGCCUACUCAGAUGACAUCAUCCUCAACCAACCCUUCUUAAGACAAUUCUACUUAGACAUGCCUACCUCGGUGAGGACACGACUUACAUAUUUUGCUUCCUUUUGUGCUGGGGCUUCAGAUGUUGACUGGCCAAUCGAGCAGUUAGACCAUUUCUAUGCUAUGAAGAAGCCAAGGUCCAGGGGUGGAGGGGCCAAUGGUGAGGAUCUCUUCCCAUUCCAAUGACUGACUGCUGAAAUCACUGUGGUAGUACCAUGAUUUAUAUAAGGUACCACUGGCCCCAGGUUACCAGUACAACACACAUGAGAGGAUGAAGUCUACUGACCCUGACCCCCCCCCCCCCCCCCCCCCCCCAAGAGGAAAGUUGUCAAAUUCCAACACCUUGCAAUGACCAUCUUUUUGGAAGAGCGUCUUAUCUAACCCUGGAGCAUCUUCAGCAGUUGUUCCUCUUGUAGCAGAAAGUUCUAAGGUUUAGAUCCUGUAUUGGAUCUCCUUUAUGAUUCUUCUUCUAUAUAAACUUCCAGAACUGUAGUUCAACUCCCAAAUCGGGUAAAUUUGGGUUCUAAAAAGUCUUUGGUCCAAAUGGGCAAGUCACAAUGAAAUGGAUAUUGUGUAGACUCCUGCAAUUCUCAUCAUUUGUACAGAUCUGCAUGGCUCACAAUUGGGUCACUAGCCCCAUAUAGCUAGGAGUGACUGCUGUUUCUGGUUUUUGCAACUAGGAACAAUGGAGGGUACAUGAAACUCUACACUAAACCUGGACCAGGUGACUUGUAUCUGACCAUCUGUGAGGACUUAACCCUGGAUUGAGACUUUAUUUGUUGUUCUUGGCAUUGGUGGUUCUUGGCUUGGUCAUCACUAAUCUUCCCGCAACUCUAGGGACUGUGCGACUGAUAGAGCUGAGCCCGUACCUAUCUGCAAUAACCAGGCUGUUUAGAUACUAAUAAUUUAUAAUAUUUUUACAUCUGCUGUAACUUAGAAGGUUUUAUAUUGUUUAAUAGACUUUUUUAUAAAAUUUUUAAAAUCUUAUGUGUGGUGCCCUUUUGUUGAAAGCAUCUUAAAGCCAUAGUCCUAUAAAUCCUGAUCUAUUCGAAAGCAGAGUCAAAGUCUUUAUAUAUUUGAA